CGGCAGGCAAGCGACCUUGCAAUUGAUAGGUUGUGGAAGGUACGGCUGGCUGGUUACGUUGCGUUAUGCCAAACCACACACUCUUUUACCUCAACAAACGUUUCACUCAGUGUCUCAAGCUUCAACUUCGCAUUUUGUGAGCGACGUCCCUCCUCCAAGAAGAAUUCUUUCCACUCUCGCUUCGCAAUCACGAACCAGGAUGGCGCCCAAAACGUCCGACUCCUCGCUCCCGCCAGUCCCGUCCCCCGACUUCGACCGCGCGUCAUCCGCCGGCCCAGACGACGCCAUCUGCCCCUUCUGCCACAUCUCGGCCGUCUUCCCGCCCUACAACCCGGCCGCGCCGCCGCCCCCGUCCUCCGCCGAGCUCAACCCGUCCCUGACCUUUCCGCAGCCGUCCACGUUCAUCAUCCUCUCGACCCCGCACCUCAUCGGCUUCCUCGACAUCAUGCCGCUCGCGGCCGGACACAUCCUGCUCUGCCCGCGGCCGCACCGGCCCAAGCUGACCGACGCGGCGCCGGCCGAGGCCGCCGAGCUGGGCCGCUACCUGCGCGUCGUGUCGGCCGCGGUCGUCCGCGCGACGGGCGUCGGCGACUGGAACGUGGUGCAGAACAACGGCGCCGCCGCCGCGCAGGUCGUGCCGCACAUGCAUUUCCACGUCAUCCCGCGGCCGGAGCUGCGCGAUCAGCGCAGCGAGCGGUUCACGGCCACCAUGUUUGGGCGCGGCCAGCGGGAUGAGUUGGAUGAGGAGGAGGCGGCCGAGUUGGCGCAGCGCGUGAGGGUCGCGAUCGCGGAGGUGCUGAGGGCGGAUGAGGAGGGUUGUGCGAAGUUGUAGCAGGUGGAUCAAAUCGGGCAUCAUGAGUGUGGUGCUUUA